AUGGACACCACAGCUAAGGAGAUUGAGCAGGCUGAGGUCGACGCUGGUUCGCAGUCUCCAUGGCAAGAAAAGCGAAAACUCUCAGGGGAGGCUGAGAGGCCUGAGACAUCAGGGACUGGCUCGUCGUCAGGGUCGAGUAGCUCCAUCGACUACGACCCCCAAUUCCACAGACUCCAGUCACGAAACACGGAGCUCGAUCUGGAGCGCAACCGGACCAACGUCUCGCGGACACUAAGCCGAAUCGAAACUCAGCGUCUUCAGCAUCAGCUCACUGUUGGAGAGAGCGUUAGGUCGCGAGGCUCCAAAGUACCACUACCGGCCUUUGGUGGCGGCAAGCCUUAUCCUCCACCACUGCCUAACCGUGAUGACUAUGUCGUAGAGUUUGAUGGCCCAGAUGAUCCUAUAUAUCCUAAGAACUGGCCCACACUUACCAAAGUUUACAUCACCGCCAUGCUUGCCUUUACGAGUAUCUGUUCGACUUUUGAUUCCGCCGUUUUUAGCGCUUCAUCGCAGAACGUUGCAUCCCACUUUAACGUCAGCCUGGAGGUCUCCGUCCUAUCCAGCACCUUAUACAUUGCCGGUUAUGCCUCAGGUCCGUUGAUCUGGGCACCUUUAUCAGAGCUCAAGGGACGUCGCCCGGGAAUUGUUAUCGCCAUGCUGGGAUUUGGUAUCUUCAACACCGCAGUCGCCGUUUCGAAGGAUCUUCAGACUCUCAUGAUCUGCCGUUUCUUCUCUGGUAUCUUUGGUAGUUCGCCGUUGGCAGUCGUGGCAGCAGUCUUCUCGGACAUGUACGACAACCGUACCCGUGGUACCGCCAUUGCAUUCUUCUCUGGCACUGUGUUUUUGGGACCUCUUGUUGCACCUUUCAUCGGUGGAUACAUCAACAUGUCAUACCUGGGUUGGCGCUGGACGGCCUGGAUCCCCGCAUUCAUGGGCUACGCGGCAUUCGUUCUGAACCUUUUCUUCCUGAAAGAAUCGUACCCACCCGUCGUUCUUAUUGACAAGGCUUCGGAACUGCGACGCCGCACCAAGAACUGGGGAAUUCACGCGAAGCAAGAAGAAAUCGAAGUCGACUUCCGGGAGCUGGUCGUGAACAACUUUUCGCGUCCGCUCAAGCUUCUCUUCUAUGAGCCCUUGAUCUUGGCCGUUACGAUCUACCUGAGUUUUAUCUACGGCCUGCUUUACUGCUUCCUGACCGCUUACACCGUUGUUUUCGAGGGCGUGUACGGCUUUAACGCGGGAGAAAGUGGUCUACCUUUGUUUGGUCUCGUGGUCGGUCUAAUCAUUGCUGCAUCCUACAUCGUCUUUUCUGCCAAGGGCUAUAACCGAAAAUUGGAAGCCAAUGGAGGUAUUCCCGUCCCCGAGUGGCGGCUGCCCCCGGUUAUUGUUGGAGGUGCUCUGUUCGCUGCUGGACUAUUCUGGUUUGGUUGGACCGGGUUCAGCGGCACUGUCCACUGGAUCGCACCUACCUUGAGUGGACUGUUCACCGGAUUUGGUCUCUUGAUCAUCUUCAUUCAAUUGUUCAAUUACCUUAUUGACACCUACCUGAUGUUCGCUGCGUCGGCCAUUGCCGCAAACACCUUCUGCCGAUCCAUGGUGGCAGCGAGCUUCCCUCUCUUUUCACGACAAAUGUUCGAGAACAUGGGCAUCCAGUGGGCAUCCACUCUCCUUGGAUGUCUCGCGGCUGUGUUGGUUCCUAUCCCUAUUUGCUUCUAUUUCUUCGGCAAGAGAUUGAGAAUGAAGAGCAAAUUUGCUCCAUUCUUUGAACCUGCAGCGGAGGCGGCUUGCGGUGAUGAAGACGAGGAGUGCGAGGAGAACGGAACUGCUGAACCUGAACAUUCUUGA